CUCGAGGUGAGAGAGAGUGAGAUGGGGUUGGAAACACUUUCAUCUAAUAAUGAACUCCUCAACUUGAUAAUCUAUAACACCACAACCCCUUUUAGCUUCCAUGAAACCACUACCUUCCACAACCACCACCCUCCUCCCAUGGAAAUUAUCACCUAUAAUUCUUCAUCCCCAACAGCCGCGCAACCACACAGCAGCAUGGAAAACGAUCAAAAGUCAGCCGUAGAAGGUGGAGGGAGGAAGAAGAAGAGGAGGAAGAAGGGUAGGGUGUCUAAAAACAAAGAAGAAGCAGAGACUCAAAGAAUGACUCACAUUGCCGUCGAGAGGAAUCGCCGGAAACAAAUGAACCACCGUCUCUCCGUCUUGCGUUCUCUCAUGCCGGAAUCUUACGUCCAAAGGGGUGAUCAAGCUUCAAUAGUUGGUGGUGCGAUAGAAUUUGUGAAGGAGCUUGAACACCUGUUGCAAUCUCUUGAAGCUCAAAAGUUUCCCUUAACUCAACGACAAGAAGAUGCAAUCAUUCAUGACCACAAUAGUAAUUUUGCCACUAAAUCUACCGAAGGAUGUGAUAUACCACAACUGCCCCUCCAUUUUUACAAAGUUUUCUCUUACCCACAAAACAUGUCUCAGUAUCCCAACAAGUACACUUCAAAGCACAAGGCAACCAUUGCAGAUAUCGAGGUCAAUUUGGUCCACUCACAUGCUAAUCUUCGAAUCGUAUUGCAGAAAAGGUUAACUCCGCUCUCGAAAAUGGUUGUUUUCUUGCAAAAAUCUCGACUUUCUAUACUCCACCUCAAUAUCACCACCUUAAACCCGUUGGUGCUCUACUCCAUCAGUCUUAAGGUGGAAGAAGGAUGCUGGCUAAAUUCAGCAGAUCAAAUAGCAGGGGCUGUCCACCAGAUUCUUGCACUUAUUGAGGAGGAAGCUGUUCUGUGUAUCGACUAAAAAUAAUUGAAAUGGCUACAUGUUAUUUUCCCGAUUUACCCAUAUGACUUGUCUAAAUUACUAUAAUGCCAUUGCCAUCCGCCUAGAGCUUCCCAUCCCUCGUUUUAAUGUACAACAUUAGUUGAAUUAAAAUGUUUUUCAUGUGGGCGU